UCAAUGUCUUCCGUUUCGAACGAAUCACGAUUCCCAUUCACUGCUCCUUUGCUGUUCCCAUUAUCCCACCACGGUGAUGAGCGUUGACGAAGCUGUUCUUCCUCCUCCUCCUGAUUUGCAACCCUAGCUCUCGUUUCAGGCUGGGUUCAAUAUUGUGAAAGCUCCUGAAUUCUUUACUUGAUCUAUUGAAGCUAACGCGGAUUGGCACAAGAUUACAUUCUAUUGCCCUUGUUUUUGCUUCUCUCUUCAUCAGCUAUUAGCUUCAGAACAUAGGUACUCUCAGAUUCUUUCCUUAAUCCGUCAAGCAAUAGUUGCAUCCUUAGGUGGAAUUUGGGUUUCUGAAGGACCCAGAGUUCGGAAGGUAUUUUGAAAGUAUUAUGGUUUUAUAGAGUUCUGUGAGGCUUGGGCGAUGGAGGAAAAAACUGAGGAGGAAAAAACUGAGGAUUAUCUUUUCAAGAUUGUUUUAGUUGGUGAUUCAGCCGUGGGAAAAUCGAAUCUACUCGCUAGAUUUGCUAGAGAUGAAUUUUACCCUAAUUCAAAAUCAACUAUUGGAGUGGAGUUCCAAACCCAAAAGAUGGAAAUAAAUGGAAAGGAAAUCAAAGCUCAAAUAUGGGAUACAGCUGGUCAAGAGCGAUUUAGGGCUGUUACAUCUGCAUAUUAUAGAGGAGCUGUUGGAGCUCUCCUGGUAUACGACAUUAGUAGGCGCCAGACCUUUGACAGCAUUGGGAGAUGGCUGAAUGAACUUCACACUCAUUCUGACAUGAACGUAGUAACCAUACUGGUUGGCAACAAGUCUGAUCUGAAGGAUGCUAGAGAUGUAUCUACAUCUGAAGGCAAGUCUUUGGCAGAAGCUCAGGGUCUGUUCUUUAUUGAAACCUCCGCCCUCGAUUCCUCGAAUGUGACGAACGCGUUUCAGACGGUUGUGAAAGAGAUCUACAACAUAUUGAGCCGAAAAGUUAUGAUAUCUCAAGAACUUAACAAGCAGGAUGUUAGCUGGAUGGAGGAUGGAAAGACGACUGUAGUUAUACAGGGAGAGGAGGAGCAAGUAGUUGAAGAGCCCAAACAAGGUGGUGGGUGCUGCUGAUCCCAAGUAAUUUACUUAUAUAAUAUUGGAAUCCCUUCUCUCAUUUAUUCUCUGCUCAUUAUAUAGUAUCAUCUUCUUCUUCUCCAUCUGGUUGAAUUUUCUUCAGUCACUGAAUCUGCUUUCCAUUUCUUUCUUCUUCUUCUUCUUCUGCAAUUCUGGGUAACAUUGAUUUGAUGAUGUGUACUCGCAUGACUGAUGGAUUACAGAAACAUGGGGCGGAAUUGAAAAGUGUAAAUGUGACCUGGAAGGGUUUAAUUUUCAAAAGUAAUCUUGAAUCAUUCAUGUUUA